AUGACAAUUUAUCUUGAUGAUAUUGAAAAGGUCAUCGUGAGAAAGAUCCAUGCUAUUUAUAGGAUGAAAAAGAAAAAUUUAAUUAUAUCAAUAUUAUUAAAUGUUAUAUUAUUUUCAAAGAUAAGUAAAUUACAGUUUGUAAAAGACAAUGAAUGUUUUUGUGCUGGACAUGAUGAUUCAGUUGAGGUUUGUCCAUGUAACUAUGAUUCUAUAGAUGAUUAUAAUAAUCGUAAGAUAUUUCCUUUAAUACAAAAUCUUUUGGAAAAAGAUUCAUUUAAGUUUUAUAAAGUUAACAUGGAAAAGACAUGCCCCUUUUGGGCUGAUGACAGAGAAUGUGGAAGUAAGGAAUGUGGUAUUGAAAAUUGUGAUGAUGAAGUUCCUGAAAUAUUAAAAACACCAUUAACAUUACAUAUUGGUUCUAGUUGUGGAGAAAAUAGUAAUUCAUUUGAUCCACUUGAUAGAUCAUUAACAGAAAUUGACAAAGCAUAUAUAGAAUCUUUUGAAGAAUCAACAUUUUCUUUUUGUGCUAUGGAGGAUGAAUCUGAAGAUGGAAUGCAUUAUGUAAAUUUAUAUAAAAAUCCUGAAAGAUAUACUGGAUAUAAAGGAAAUAGUGCACAAAAAGUAUGGAUGACAAUAUAUCAAGAAAAUUGUUUUAAACCCGAUCCAAAAUUUGAUAAAAAUUUUUUACUUAACCCAAGUAAUAAAGGAUUAUGCCUAGAAAAACGGGUAUUUUAUAGAUUAAUUAGUGGUUUACAUUCAGCUAUAACUAUUUCAAUAGCCUCACAUAACUAUAAACCAGGUCCAUUUGGACAAGGAACAUGGUUUAGAAAUGAUGAAAUGUUUAAAGGAAGAUUUGGAACAAAAUGGAGUUGGGAAGGACCAGAAAGAUUAAAAAAUGUUUAUUUUGUUUAUCUAUUAGAAAUGAAAGCUUUAUCAAAAUUGGUUCCAUAUCUAAAUAAUGAAUUAUUUUAUACUGGAAAUAAGAAAGAGGAUGAUGAAACAAAAUUAGUGUUAGAAAAAUUAAUGUCAGAAAUAGAACAAAGUCCAAAUAGCUUUGAUGAGCAAGGUAUGUUUACGGGACCAUAUGCCCCUAGUUUGCGAGAGGAAUUUCGUAUACAUUUUCAUAAUAUCUCACGUAUAAUGGAUUGUGUUGCGUGCGACAAGUGCAGACUAUGGGGAAAACUCCAGACACAUGGGAUGGGUACAGCUUUAAAAAUACUAUUUAUGGAUUUAACGAGUAUGGCAAAUAAAAUACCAUACUGGUUGACGAGGAAUGAUAUUGUAGCACUUUUCCAAAGCUUUGGUAGAUAUGCAUCAAGUAUCAGAGAAGUAGAAGAAUUUAGAAAGCUAUAUUUGUAUAAAUAA